AGCCCAGAAACAGUGUGAUUUAUAAUUAUUUCCGUUUUUGCCUUUGAUGAACGCAACACCACCUCCUCUGCAACUGAACAUCUCACCACCGGGGCUCACCUUUUCCCUUGCCAACACUCUCUUCUUUCAUCUCUUCAUCACUCCCUCAUCAUAUUUCCAUACCCAUUUUCCCUCUUUCCCACAGCCACAAUCCCAUCCGACCACACCCACGGACUAACGCCAUAUCGUCCCUGGCCUUGCCGCCACGGUCCCCAUCUCUGACUUUGCCAAGCAACCCAUCGUCGCUCUCUCCUUCGGCCCCACGGGAGAGCGAUCGUUACAAUAAUCUGAAACUGCAAAAACGGUUAAAAUUAAGAUGGGCUGAGCUAGAAACCCAAUAAUUGAAUGGGCUGGACUAGGGCCUUGAAAAGGAGGGUUAGGCCCAGCAGCCCCUGCUUCAUCUUACAAGAGGAAAACGAUCCAACAGCCAUGGUAGGACUGUGCCGCAGAGCAAAACCCAUAGCAGCUCUCUAUCUUCCGGAUCAGGUUCCAUUUACAUUGUAAAAUCAGCUAAAGUACAAUGGUAAUGUGAGCCGUUUUCUUUCAAUUUUUGGGUUUUGGUUGUAAGCCAGAGACGUAGACACCUGAUCACCCAUACAUUUCUGGAUAGUUGUCAGACUGCACAAAUGGCUUCGGGUUAUGCCUGACAUGCAUAUGGUUGAGGAGACUUGGAUAUGGGAACUCGAAACUUUUUAUGGGACUUUGGUAAGAAGUGUUUCACAUUUGGGCUCAUAGGCCUUACCAUUUCAGAUCGAUAUGCCAGUAUUGCCCAUGUGCAAGGCCUCUCCAUGUAUCCCACAUUCAAUCCCAAUGCUAGAACUUUUAUGGGAUCAUUGACUGAUGAUUAUGUCUUGUUGGAGAAAUUUUGCCUUGAAAAGUACAAGUUUUCUCAUGGUGAUGUGAUAGCAUUCCGCUCCCCAAAUAAUCACCGUGAGAAACAAAUAAAGAGAAUAAUUGCCUUGCCAGGGGAUUGGAUCACAGCACCACAUUCAUAUGAUGCCUUGAGGAUUCCAGAGGGGCAUUGUUGGGUUGAGGGAGACAAUUCUGCUUCUAGUUUGGAUUCAAGAUCUUUUGGCCCAGUUCCUUUGGGUUUAGCUUGCGGAAGGGCCACCCACAUUGUGUGGCCUCCUCAGCGAAUAGGGGAAGUUGAGAGAAGAAUCCCUCAUGACAGAAUUUCUUUCGGCUAAUUGUGUUAGAACUGCAGGUUCCUGUUUUGCUCAGGAAAACUUAUCCUUGAUUUAUUUAUUUAUUGAGCAUUUGCUGUGGCAGUGUUCUAUCAUUGAACUGGAGGCUAUCUUGAGCAAGAAAACAAGCUGGUGUAUACUGUAACAAAUGUAACAAUAUACCCCCCAGUCAAAUUUUGACCCUGGUGCGAUCCCAUUUGGUUUUUGCAUGCUCAAAA